GGCGCACCCAACGUUACCCGAAAGGCUUAAUGAGGAUGUUCUUAGUGCCGUCUCUGGUGGCUGUCGUAUUUUUCAUCACACAGUACAUAGAAAAAGAGUAUUGUGAAGGAGAGGAGGAAGUGGCCACACUGACGAAGGAGCUGCUGGAGCUGGAGGAGGACAUGAGCUAUGCUGUGCUGGACGACGACGAUGACCAACAAACACAACACCACUCGGCUGAGCGUGACUCUGACAAGGAGGGACCCACACAUAUAGUGACCUCCACAGCAGUAUGCCUGCAGGACCUGGGACUCAUGGCCGCCUACCUUGGUCUACAUGCUGGCCGCGUACCUGCCCGGUACCGCCACCCGUUCACCCAGAGCAGCAUCUACUCCUCCGUGGACAGUGUAGCCAGGGCCCAGGCUGCAGCAUACGCCAUGUGGGGCGUCCAU